GCAGCAGAAGAAGAGGUAGACCGGAAACUAAACAUAGCGGUGGAGCAGCGCGCGGCGGAAGGAGACUUUAAUCUGUGUGAAAGUAAACAACAACAAACAAACAACAGCAGGCCCAUGGACUCUCCACCUGAAACUCUCACCUGGUUACCGUUGGUUACAGCAUGGAGCGCUCUGAUUGGAGGGAUAGCUCACUGACUGCACUGCCUCCAGAUGAUGUCACACUCAUCUGAUGAAGGUAAAAACUCAAACACACCAUCAGGUUAUAUUUUAUUCACUGCACUGAUAAUACUGUGUGUGUGUGUGUGUGUGUGUGUGUGUGUGUCUCAGAUGACCAGAGGAGGGCGGAGUCUAGCAGCAGGAUGUGGGCGGAGUCUCAGCCGGGUCCGUCCAGGUGUCAGGUGCCCAGCAGGCAGGGUUACUGUGGAUACUGCAGAGUCCUGUACAGCAACCUGGACCAGCACCUGUCCAGCCUCCAACACCUGGAUUCUGUCCGGGCGUCCUCCCGAGGGUCCAGCACCGUCUCCUCUGCCAGCAGCAAAACCAAACUGACCCUGCUGGAGCGCUUCCUGCAGGACGUCCUGCAGCACCACCCCCACCGCUACAAGGACCCCAGGCCAUCUCACGCUGACCUCCCGUCAGUCUCCGCCCCUCCGUUGCCGAGGGAGGAGCUUGAUGAAGUCUGUUUCUCGGACGACAGCCGCUCGCUGGGAACCCGUGAACACCUGCCGAGCUCUGACGGCGACGGCCACGUACGCAGCCAAUCAGAGAGUGUGUCUGCACCAAUCAGAGGACAGGAGGAAGGAGGAACUGCCCCCGCAGGGCGCAUACAGACUCCACCCAAACACACACAGACUCCACCCACACAAACACAGACCCCGCACCCUGUCCACAGGAAGGCCCACAGGAAGACGAACAGGAGGAAAACCAGUGACUCCUCGUCCUCCUCCUCUGCCCCAGAGGGGGCAGACCCCGGUGCAGACCCCGGUGCACACCCCGGUGCACACCCCGGCCCCCAGGCCCCCUCAGGGAUGAGGCCCUGGCUGAGCUGGCAGAAGGAGAGGAAGGAGGCUCAUAAAGAGGAGGCCUUCUCCUCAGAUCACAGCGACCCUCUGGACCGGACCAUUGAGGAGGUAAUCCAGAUGUGUUGUCAUGGCAUCACUUCAUGCCAGCAGGAGGAGACAGACAGCCUCCACUUCAGCCUUCCCGUCUCCGUGGAAACACAGAGUGAUAACUGGGACUCACCUGUACAGGUGGUUUUACAGCGAGGACAAACCCUCGGGGACACACCUGUCCAGGUGAGUCAGAUGGAGGAACGCGACCUCAACCAUCUGAUGGAUGUUCAGGUGGACCUGGAGGACCAGGUGUACUCGUGCCAGCUUGACUCCGCCCUCCGUGGCGAGCGGCGAGAAGGGGGCGGGGCCAGGAAGGGCGAGGGGUUCUGGACUCUUCCGAUAGAGGAGGUCUUGCCGACCCCGGCACAUAUCCCAGAAUCCUUCAGGGGAAAGACCUGGGCCCAGAUUGAACAGGAGGACGAGGAGAAGGUGAACAAACUGGUCCAACAGUUCAGACGGGAGAGAUUCAUCUGCUACUUCGACAGCGAGUCUCUGGCCAGGUAUGGUAGGAGGAGCCAAAGCAAAAAGGGGCGUGGUGGGAAGAGGGAGGUGGAGUCAGACACUGGCAUCCUGCCCUUAUUGGACUGUGAAGAAGAUGCGUACAUCAGGAGGAGGAGGAGGCGGGGCUUCAGAGUGGCGUCCAGGUGUCAGGUGGUCAAAGUCAGUCACAGCACUCAGACCGUCCGAUUGGUCGUUCCAGCUGUCCGUCAGCCAGAAGCCCCUCCCACCAGCGUCCCUGCAGCCAAUCAGGAUGCAGCAGAGAGGACUCCUGAUGUGCAGACAUGGCGAUGCCUGCCACCGUCUUACUCAAAAAUCAUCACGCCUCUUCAGCCUCGCACCUCUGUGGUCUACCUGCUCUGCUCCCCCUCAGGCCCCGCCUCCAGCGGCACACCUGCACCCAAACGCUGCAGGAAGAAGAGACGUCCGCUGGACCUGCAGGGGUUAAAGGUCAAAUACAAACAACUUCCUGUGAGGUUCUACGACCCCAGCAGCAACCGCAUCCUCAAGAACCCCCCCAAAGGCUUCCUGUGGCGCCGGGGCUCUGCCCCCUCCAGCCCGCCACCGCCAUGCGUCCGUCAGCUGUUUCGAAGUCUGAGUCCAGACCUGAACACAGACAGACCGCUGGGGGAGGGGCCAGCAGAGUCCUCUAGGGUCAAAGGUCAGAGGUCAUCAGACGCCACCUUCACCAACAGUUUCCUCCUGAGCACGCUCAGUAGAGUCUCAAUCAGGGGGCGUGGCAGGACAACUCAAGCCCCGCCCCAUACACCUAACAGCGGGUCAGAGCAGGGGAGGGGGGGGAGGAGGGAAAGGACACGCCCCCCAUCCUCCACCAGGAGGACCAGGGCUCAGGCCACGCCCCCCCAGCCAAGGAGAGAAGGCCUGCGCCAGGCUGGACCCGGCAGGAAAGUCCCCGGCUCCACAGGCUCGCCUCACCCUCCCUCACCCCGCCGGGGGAGGACCCGGAGGGGGCGGGGCUGCGACAGGAGUCGAAGGUAGUGGGAUACCUGUCCAGCAUCCACCAGGUGGUGUAUCGAGUCCCCCACCUGGUCUGCAGCCUCCAGAAGCUCCGCCCUCUUCCUCUCACCUGAAACUAAAUUAAAGGCAUUGUACGGAGGAGUGUGGACUUCAGGUUUAAAUUCUUCAGUCUCUCCACAGUCUCCUGCAGCAGCUCCGCUGGACUACAUAUCCCACAAUCCUUUUCUUCACACAGACAGGCGUCUUCUUCCUGUUGCUCCGCCUCCUCUGGGCCAUCCUGCUGUCUGAUUGGACGACAGCAAAAGCUGUCACUGGCCAACACCCCCCCUUCACAGUGGAUGUCACAUGACGGAGGUAGGUCCUGGUGCAUUGUGGGAGAUGGAGUUUGUUGUUCUUCCUCGCUCCACUCGUCCUCUGUCAUCAGCACCACCUCCUCCUCAUCUUCUGUAUUUCUAUCUGCAUCAGAAGUUGGCAAACCGUUUUCUCUCUCAGUGUUCUCCAUGUUCUCAGUGUUCUCCACUUUCUCAGUGUUCUCCACGUUCUCAGUGUUCUCCACGUUCUCAGUGUUCUCCAUGUUCUUACUGACGCUGCUUUGUUGUGUGUUGUUGGCGUGUUGUUGAGCCUCCAUCUUGUUCAGAGCCUGAAGAAGGAAAGAUGAACAAAUAUUCAAUUAUUAAUUUUUUGAUAUAAAUAUUUAUAUAUUCAUUGUAUUUAUUAUUAUUAAUUGCAGACUUAUUUACAACCUUGUUGAAGUCAGUGCUGUAUAUACAGGGCAGAGGUCAGUGCUGUAUAUACAGGGCAGAGGUCAGCCCAGGCACACACACUUCAUUCCAACAAAAGCAGGGUCCCAAUUAGACGGAGGUCUCCUUUAAAAGCCUCCAAUAGAGGCCUGGCCUCACCUGUGUGAGCAUUCCCUGCAGACUGAGGUUGUGUUCUCGCAGCGUUUCCAUGGUAACUUCCAUCUCAGAACACCUGUCCUCCAGGAUGCCCUGCUCUGAUUGGACGGUGAGCCGCCACGCCUGCAGCUGCUGCUCCAACAGCCUGAAGACAACCACAGAAGAAGAUGAUGAGGUAGAACUCCAGAAUGUCUGUGACUGGUUGAUUCUGCUCUCUCACCAUUUGUCUCUCUGCAGGUUUCUGACUUCAGUGAGCAGAGCCGACGCCUUCACCUGUCGUCAACAACAACAACAACAACAACAACCACAACUGUUAUAUUGGUAUAAAACACAGGUCAAACCUCUGAGGAAAGGUUACAGAGGUCAGAGGUCACCUGCUGAGCUGGUGUCUCCUCGUCAGUCUGCAGAGCUUUAGAGGAAAACGAGCAGGGCGGUUGCACUGAGGCAUCAUGGGAAACAUCUCUGUUGGAGGUGGGACUGUGACUGACAGCUGAGGCAGCCAAUUGUGCUGAGGGAUCCGAGGGAGGCGGAGCACUGGGAGACAAAAUCCUGAUUAACGGGAGAUUAACGGGACAAAGUUAACGAGGGUCACACCUGACUCACCUGUUCUGACUCUCUCCUGGCUCCGCCCACAUCCUGUCAACCUCUCUCCGUGUGUAUCGCCGUGGCAACAGGGCAUUACGAGUGCUGUGCACUAACGAGGACAAAGACUCUCUCCAGGUGGGCUGACAGACACAAACUGAAAGUUAAAAAGUUAACCUGUCUGUAGCUAUUAGUCUGUCUUACUACCUGCCUGUCUGUAGCUGUGGGUUAUUACCUGUGUAUAAUUACCUGUUUUUACCUGUGUGCUGUUACCUGUGUGCUGUUACCUGUGUGUUGUUACCUGUGUGUUGUUACCUGUGUUGUUGUGUGUUGUUACCUGUGUGCAGAAUUCAAGCACUGGAUGGUGA